CGGUGGGCCGGACCUCUCCGCUCACACAGUGGUCGCGUCGUUUCGCGCAGUAUUGGCAUAAAAUCAAUCCUUCCAGCAAAUGGGAUCGCAUAGCUUGGGUUUCACUGAGACUCUCCGAGCAACUGCAAGGACCUGCCGCGUGUUUUCGAAGGAACUCUUAAUUCUGACAGCUCCAGGAAUCUCUAAUCUUCGGUAAACUUAUCCUAUCCCUGGAUUUAUUCAUUUAAAGAGGAAUUUGCUCACAGACGCAUCGAAUGGAAUAUAACUUGUCGAGUGGUGUUCUGACCGACUCGGAUGCUCCUGAUCACAGCCCGAUGACGCUCUCGGAUUCCGGGACCCCACAAAGAGAAUCCAUCUGCAAAGCACACCAGGAGAGCAGCGAUAAUGAGAAAUCGCAGCAAAAUCAGACCGACGAUUCGGAUUCCAAGGAUCCUACAAUCAAGAAGAAACAGAGACGACAACGCACCCAUUUCACAAGCCAACAGCUUCAGGAGCUGGAGGCAACUUUUCAAAGAAAUCGGUAUCCUGAUAUGUCAACCAGAGAGGAGAUCGCCGUGUGGACAAACCUAACAGAGGCACGAGUGCGGGUGUGGUUUAAGAAUCGCAGGGCCAAGUGGAGGAAGAGGGAACGCAACCAACAGGCUGAUUUUUGUAAACAUGGCUUUGGCACACAGUUUAACGGACUCAUGCAGCCUUAUGAUGACAUGUACUCCGGGUAUUCCUACAACAACUGGGCCACCAAGAGUUUGACGACCAGCCCUCUCUCGGCCAAGAGCUUUCAAUUCUUCAACUCGAUGAACGUUAGUCCCCUCUCCACGCCGCCCAUGUUCUCUCCCCCCAGCUCCAUCUCCUCGAUGACCAUGCCGACCUCCAUGGUUCCUUCGGCCGUGACGGGGGUGCCCGGGACCAGCCUGAAUAAUUUAAGCAAUCUGAAUAACCUCAACGGCCCCUCCCUCAACUCGGCCAUGUCUGGUGGCGCCUGUCCUUACGCAUCGAGUGCUGGUCCAUAUAUGUACCGGGACACCUGUAACUCCAGUCUCGCCAGCCUCAGACUCAAGGCUAAGCAACACGCCAAUUUCGGUUACCCGGGAGUUCAGAACCAAGUGUCCAACCUAAGCCCGUGUCAAUACGCUGUGGACAGACCCGUAUGAGCCUUAUGUCUUUUUAAAAAAAAAUCGACUAACCUUAAAUAUGACCAUCAAAACAUACAACCAGCUCCUUGGCAGAGCUGGCUAAAACAAAUACCCGUUCACACGUGAAGACAAAAUCCCCUUUCAUUUGGACCGGUUUAGAAAGCUUUCAUGAAAGAGUGUUAGGCACAUAACUUGCAGACAAAUAUUUGCUAAUCCAGAUAAUAUACAAUCCAAAAAUAUGCAUGACCAUUACAACCCCGGUUUACAGGUUGUAACGCGGAAUAUAAUGUAUAUAAUGAACUUUUCUUGUUUUCCUUUUUGUAUGUGAAUUGAUUGUAUAGUGUUUUAACAUGUAAAAAUAACGCAUGUCCUCUAACAGCAUAUCUGAACAUUUUGCGCGCCUUUGUUAGAUUAGGAAUGUACAGAAUGACCUGCGGUGGAUAUUCACUGUUGUAUACCCUUGCUUAUAUCCUAUCCUGCAUUCAUGGCCCAUCAGUCGGCGUCAUUCCCCUUCAAGAACCAAUAUAUUUUAUUAUUUGUUACAAUUAGCACAUCAAUCGUUAGCCAUUAGACCGCAUCACCUUCAAUGCCUCUCCAUCCGUGAUCUUAGACACCCCCCCAACCAACCCCGCAGGCUUUUAUAAACUUUUUUUUCUGUGGUUUAUUUAAAUCUGUCGGAUUCUCAUAUGUGUAACGGUGUGACUUGUCGCUUGAAGCUGACAGCUAUAUCGCGUUUUUCAUUCUAAUCUACUGCGCACAACUUUCUCUAAAAGCCCAAAGUUUACAGUAAAGACAGCUUGAUUUGCACUCUGUCUAAUGCUUAAUAAACAGAUUCUACAAUGCCA